CUGCAAACAAGCUGCGUAACCUAGCUAACGCGACAACUGACCAGAGAUACAUUAUCGGCCCAGCCGUGAUAUCUUUAACGUCAUUUUUCAUAUUUUACUCUUACGAAUCAUGGCUACAGCCGGGCACAAUGACAAGCCAUUAACCGGUGGCACAAAGAUGAUGGUGGCAUAGUGAGAAAGUUGGGUCAGUCUGGCUGGUUGAGGUGUGGAGGGGACACCACAAACCACGCCAGUAUUCUGACAAAUUCCCACUGCCCUCAGUGAAUCUCCUCAUCGUCUCCAUGUCUAUCCCUGAACCAUAGCUACAAUUAUGGUGACGCUUAUCACAGAGCAGCUCCGUAAGCAGAGUCUGGAAGAGCCUUAUCACAAGGCUUUCUCGUUCAAUGUGAAUGUGUCAUUACCCGCAGUGGGCUCCAGUCCCACUAUCUCGUGGAGUGCCUGCAGAUCGACACAAGAGACCAGCUUAGCUACACACCCAUCAUCCAAAGCCAACCCUCAGGAUACUUCCUGUGGACUAGACCCCCUAUGGCCUCCUUACCAAGGUGGGGAACCUCUGCACAGACCAGAGGUUUCCAUUACAGACAAGGCUUUCCAGAGCUCUCCUCCCCCACCUCCUCCAAAACGCCACUGCCGUUCCCUUUCUGUUCCAGAGGACCUGUCUCGGUGCCGCUCCACCUGGCAUCCUAGUGCAUCCAAGGUUUGGACCCCAGUAAAACGUGGUUGCCAAAGUGGAGGAGCAUCUAGUUCAGGCUCUGGAGCCAGCUCUUUGCCACUUUGUGGCCCCGGUUCCUCAUUCACCUCUUCCUCCCUACACUCCUCCUCUAGCCCUACUUUCUUUAGCUUAGCACUGUCCUCUGACUCCCCACUACCAUGGAGCUUCCCAUGGGACCCCUGUGACACGCUUAAAGGAGCCUGCUCUGCCUCCUUUGCUACCCCUUCCUCCUGCUCCUCUUCACCGGCCCCCCUGGUUUCUCACUCAGUGCUACAUCGCCGCUUCUCCCUCUCCCCUGUGCACAUUCAGGACACCUCUGUGGUGCUCCUGCCCCCUCAGCCCUCCCCUGCUUCUGCUCUGACAUAUGGCUGUUCUGGCAUGGAGCACCCUGCCCUGUCUCCAUCUCCCACUUCAGCCUGCAGUACACCAUCCUCCUCUAGGCGCGACCUGCACCCAGCGCUGCCUCGAUGCCAUUCGCAGCCCUGCGACAUGCGAAAACCUCGCUUGAAGAGGCGCCAUGACCAAGAUGUCCUGCCAUGCCCCAGGCCAGGCCUCGACUUCAGCAAGAUGACACAGAUUGGUAAUGGCGAGACCCUAGUUUGUGGUACCAGUGGCUGCAUAGUUCCAGUGUCUUCCCAGGCAGAGCAGCACUCGGCCUUCUCCCCUGCCGAGUUCCUGGGACGAGCGAGCAUUGGGCCACUAAGUGAAAGUGAGGAGGAGGAGGAAGAAGAAGAUGAUGAUGAUAAAAUAAAAAGGACUGUGACAGAUGGAGGACAAACGAUUUUUGAAAGAGACUGCACAGAACUUGACUUGAACCUUAUAGAAGAGAACUGACCACCACUCCUUGGUGCUCAGUGUGAUUACAGCAUUCAUAACCAUGUUAAGCACACCUGUAGGCUUUGUGCGCUCUUCUGGCAGAGUCCUUGGGAACCUGCUGCCCUCCUAAGGCAUAUGUCUAGAGUUCAUAAUCAAGAACCAAGCAGUUAGGAGCUAUUAUCAAACUACAAUGGUAUGAUUGUAACCUUUUUGAGCUAGUUCACUGUUCAACAUUUCACAAAGUCACAGUGCCUGCCUAUUCAACACUCCAUAGGGAAAUGUGCAUGAGCAAAUACCGUAAGCCAGUUUUCAUGCACACAGAAUUUUGGCUAAUAUUUCAUGUUGAUACAAUUCUUAAUUAGCGUUAACCAUUGGUAUGCAUCUUGAUAUCCUUACAUAUACUCAUGAAACACUAUAUACUGGAGUAAGCAGAAGGUUCCUAAUAUUUCCUCAGAAGGGAUUUGAAUACACAAUAAACAACAGUUUAAUGGGAUAGAGGAAAGCAUUCCUCAAUGCCCUAUUGGAUACUGGACAUGACUGUAUGUAAGCUGUUAAAGAUGGACAUAACGCUACCAUGUAUAGGUCAGAAAUUUGAUUUGCCCAAACAAUAUAAGAAAUAUUGAUCUGUACGUAAAUGUAGGUUUAACAGGAUACAUUCCAGGAUUUUGCUGCAAUCCCUGAAAUCCCCCACAGACCCUAAAGACACAUAUACUUUUACUGCUGUUCUGUCAUUGAUUUUUAGUUUUUGUCCUUUUGGAGUUACUCUACUUCAUCAAAGGGAAACUUUUCUUAUACUGGCAAAAAGGAAAGCCCCCCCCCCCCCUUUUUUUUUUCUUUCUUUUUGUUCAUAUGUUGUUUUUGAUUUCAGCUUGAACUUUUAACACACCUUCUCAACAGUAAUACUGAUGAUACUGUAAACUGACCAUGCCUUAAGCUUGAAAUACAGAGUUCUUGGUGCUCUGGUCUUCUUUUCACAGCCAGACAUUUUUGCAAUCUCCAUUUGCGCUGAUUCAGAUAGUUUUGAAUGGGUGGCACAUGCACUAUAAUAGUCAAUUGAAUAACUGAAUCGAUGCUGCAGCUGGACUCCAUAGGGCACAAUGUAACGGACUGUACGGUGGUUGGGAGUACACAACAUCGAGCCAAUUCUGUGAGUGUAUGUGACAAAGGCGGUAGUGAUGCAGAUGAUUUGGUGGCCUUUCAGAAACGAUUUUUCAUGUGUUUUCAGAUGGAAAUAUUCCUGUUGCACAAUUUAUGUACAAAUAAAAUUUAAUAGAGAAUGAUA